AUGCCAUCUGAAGCUAUCGAUCUGAGCAAAGUUGGAAAGAAAGAGGGUCUCGAAAUCUGGAGAGUCAAUAGCUUCAGUACGCUUACCGUUAUUUUGUUAAAGAAGUCGUUGUUUAUUGUUCCUGGAGCGAGCAGAACCCAAAAGUUCAAGCUGGAACCAGUGCUUAAAACCCAAUAUGGGGAAUUCUACACUGGUGACGCUUAUGUGUGUCUACACUCAAAGAAUCGUGACGAGUGGCAUAUACAUUUCUGGAUAGGAGAGGAAGCCACAACUGAUGAGAUGGGAACAGCAGCUAUAACAACAGUCGAAAUAGACCAGGCACUCAAUGGUUUGCCAGUGCAACACCGAGAGAUACAAAAUCAUGAAUCUUCCCUGUUCCUCUCCUACUUUCCGAACGGAAUCAGAUACCUAAAAGGAGGCUACGAGUCCGGAUAUAGGCAUGUAGAGGACAUGUACAAGAAUUGGAAACCGAAGCUGUUUCAUUGUAAAGGAAAACGAAAUGUGCGCUGUAUCCAGAUUGAUUUAAAUGUCGAAUCGCUCAACCUUGGCGAUGUCUUCAUUUUGGAUAUGGGAAAAGAUAUAUACGUCUGGAUGCCACCAGACAGUGGCCGCCUCGAGAGAAUUAAGGCAAGAACCUCAAACGGGAUGUCUAUUGCCAAAGACAUUGCUCUUUCAGAACGACAAGGAAGAUGCAAUGUUCACAUAAUAGAUAGUGAUUGGGACAAGAACGAGGAGUUUUUUUCACACUUUGGCGGGACAAAGGUGACUGACUUCGCUAUUUAUGCAAAAGCGUGGCCAGCAUUCCUUCUUUGCAGAGUUUCCGAUGCCUUAGGCACUACGAAAGUGACGAAGGUGCCACAAGUGAAGCAAAAGGAACUUAAUACAAACGACGCUUUCAUUCUGGAUACAGUUAACGGUGGAAUUUUUGUCUGGAUUGGAAAAAACUGCACAUUGGGAGAGCGCUGUAAUGCGAUUUUAUGGGGUGAAAAAUACCUCAAAGAGAAGGCACCUUUAUUUCAGAAGCUUCCUUCUUGGUCACAAAUAACAACUGUUUUCGAAGGCUCCGAGCCUUCAACCUUCACUCAGUGGUUCGCUCAGUGGGUGGAUGCUAAAGAAAAAAAGGCUUUCAAACCUCGUCUGUUUCAAGUAUCCGACAGCAACGGAAGACUGGUGGUCGAGGAAAUUGAAAACUUUGAUCAAGAGAGUCUCGAUGGCGAUGACGUCAUGAUCGUGGAUGCUCUUAGUAGCAUUUUCGUAUGGGUUGGUGCUGGAGCAAGUCUCAAUGAGAAAGAAGGAGCUUUGAGUACAGCAAAGGUUCUAACACAUUCGUGUAUUUCUUUUGAAACGGCGCUUUCCAGUAUUUAA